GGGGGUGGUGUUUCUCUUUUUACGUCAUUUUUCACUGACAGGCAAAACAUGGCAGGAAAGAAAACACUGGACCCGAGUUACUCCUAGAGCCACUGGACCUACACAAAUUAGCCAGAGGUGGUGUUUGAUGUCACGCGCAGGAGAGUCAUGGCCUCGAGCUUUGCCCCGCCGAAGCUCUCGGACUUUCUGCUCACCGAGAGGCUGGGCAGUGGAACCUACGCCACGGUGUAUAAAGCCUACAGGAAGACCGAUGGCAGGGAAGCCGUUGCUGUGAAGGUGGUCAGCAAGAAGAGCCUGAACAAGUCGUCGAUGGAGAACCUGCUGACAGAGAUCGAGAUCCUGAAAACCGUGCGCCAUCCUCAUAUCGUGCAGCUCAAAGACUUCCAGUGGGACAAUGAGAAUAUCUACCUCAUUCUGGAGUGGUGCUCCGGUGGAGAUCUGUCACGCUUCAUCCGGAGCAGGCGGAUUCUCCCCGAGCGAGUGGCUCGUCUCUUCCUGCAGCAGAUAGCCUGUGCACUGAAGUUUCUCCAUGAAAGGAACAUCUCUCAUCUGGACCUGAAGCCCCAGAACAUCCUGCUGAGUGGAAAUGUGCUGAAACUAGCAGAUUUUGGCUUUGCUCAGUACAUGUCUCCGUGGGAUGAGCAGAGCUCUCUGAGAGGUUCUCCUCUUUACAUGGCUCCGGAGAUCGUGUGCCGGCGGCAGUACGACGCCAGAGUCGAUCUCUGGUCUGUUGGGGUCAUCCUUUUUGAGGCGUUAUUUGGCCGAGCGCCGUUUGCUUCUCGCUCCUACGCCGAACUGGAGGAGAAAAUCCGCAGCGAUAAACCCAUCGAGUUGCCCCCCGGUGCCAGAGUAUCCCGAGACUGUCGAGAUUUGUUGCUCAGACUCCUGGACAGAGAUCCAGACUCGCGCAUCUCGUUUGAUGAGUUCUUUCUGCACCCAUUUGUGGACCUGGAACACAUGGCCAGUGCUGAGAGUCUAGACAAGGCGAAGGAACUGGUCCUGCGGGCGGUGCAGAAGGAUCAGGAGGGGGAGAAGGCUGCCGCUCUGUCGCUCUACUGCAGCGCACUCGAGCACUUCGUGCCUGCUAUUCACUAUGAAACAGACAGACAGAGGAAAGAGGCUCUGAGACAAAAGGUCAAUCAGUAUGUGUCUCGAGCUGAAGAACUGAAAGUGCUGGUGGCUUCAGACAACAAGAUCAGCUUUGAGAACACCCAGUCAGCCCGGGACAUAUUAAGAGAAAUGGCUCGGGAUCAUCCACGCUUACUCGCCGCUCUGGAUUUAGCUGCUGCUGCUGUCGCGAAGGAGGCGAGUGGGGUAGAGGACUACGAAACGCUGGAUAUGUAUCAGCAGAGUCUGGGAGAGCUGCUGCUGGCUCUGGCUGCCGAGCCUCAAGGCCGCAGGAGGGAGCUGCUCCAUAACGAGAUCAAGAAUUUGAUGAGUAGAGCCGAGUACCUUAAAAAACAGAUCAAGAUCCGAGAAACCCAGACAGAUGUCUCGUUGGAUAAAGAUCCAGUUGCUGAAUCUGUGCGAACGUCCUGUUGCUUGCAGUAGCCAUGGGACCAUUCAGACUCAUCGGACACAUCACAUGACCAGAUCGGUGCCAUGAUGGUGCAGUCCAGAUCCGAGACAAUCUGACUGAAUCCCUGCGAGACUGACUGACCGACUCGAACCCAGGCUGCUGCCUCGUUACUGUGUAGACGUGUAGUAGUGGAUUAGAGUGAAAUGUAUACGGAUUAUUUCCACAAUACUGUACUGUAUGUGAUUUUUCCUCUAGUUUGUAACAUAGGGAAUUCUAAAUGUCCUGAUCCUGAAAACCGAAAGAAAAACCACAAAUCUGCAUCUCUACUGUAUUGAAGUAAACAAAGUACACUUUUCCAUUCACGCUGUAUUGCUUUGCUUUAACACACACACACACACGCACACACACACCCCUCCUCUCCCCUCAGUGCAGUGGGGUUCACCGCAGCCCAUCCACAUAAUGAGUGCGCUGUGUGGUGGUGUACGUAGCUCCGAAACCAUGUGGUUUCCUCCCUGUUCCUUCUGCUCUGACAUUUACUUUUACUCCGCCACACAUUGAGUUCCUUCGUGUUUUCUCUGCCCUCCUCAUACGCCGCUGGUUAACACUUCAGAUCGGUGAUUGCCGCAGUGAAACCUUGAAACUGGUAGAAAGAUCACCUGAAGCACUGGAGUGUUGUAGUGGAAAUGUAUGAAUGGUUUUGUUGAGGCCUUUUUAUAAUAUUUUUGUGCUGUAAUAAUUUAUUGAAUGCUUGAUUACAGCAGAAAUAAAUGAAUCUUUCUGCAAA